GCUCUCCGUGACAUCGCUGGAGAGCGCCGUUCCCUCCGCACGUGCUUAUGCGCGUGCAGAAGAGAUGCCGGGGACGAGGUGUGACCCCGAAGACGACAUCUGGCCAUGUCCGUUCGAGCUCUUGACGGAGAGGGGCAUUCAGGAGAGGAUAGAGGAGUUGGCGAAUCCCCAGAGUCAAGUUCUAGACGCGAAGAGAGGAUGGAAAGCCGAUUUCUUGAGCUUCCAGCCGUGUUUUGGUUCCGCGAAUCAGGAUCGGCUCGUGGUGAAGCAAUUGAAUGUUGGGGGAAAGCAAUGGACUCUUACCGGCGUCUUCGACGGUCACCUUGGGGACGCGACAGUUAAGCAUAGCGCGUAUCACAUACCGAUCAUGGUCGAAGAGCAUUUGAACAAGGCGCUGAAGUCCACUCCAUUGUCGAAGGAGGUGCUCGGACCCAGGACAGUAGCCGAUAUAUUGUGUCGAUGCUUCGCAUCUUUCGAUGAAGCCAUUGCAGCUGACGUCCUGAGCCUCUUUCCGGGCGGAGUGAAAACCUUGCCAUAUCUGUCCGACCGCGUCAUAAGAGACGUGAUGAACGACCCGAAAGGCGACGUUCUGCAGAAGGCGAGACUUUGCAUGCAUGGGACGACAGCGCUGGUAGCUCUUGUGGACCCUGAUCACGAACACCUCUGGGUGGCGAAUUUAGGAGACAGUCAAGCAUUCCUGAUGUCGCCUACGCAUACGAAUUCGUCCAUCACGCGACGGAGGACCAGCCUCCUCACCUCGAAGCACAACGGGGCCAACGACGCGGAGGUCGAGAGAGUAUUAAAUGAACACCCGGAAGAACCGGCAGCUGUAGCAGAUGGCCGGGUACUGGGGGUGAUUGCACCAUUUCGCAGUAUUGGAGACGUACCAUUCAAGUUGCCUCCGGAGUUCACGCGCAGGAUCCUCUACAACCUUGGUCCCGGAAUCCCCGAAGACGCGACGCAUCCUUGGGAAGAGUUCCUGCAGCACAAUCAGACGCCGCCGUACAUAUCAACCGAGGCCGAAGUCACGUACCGAAAACUGGAUAGAAGCAGGACUGAGAGCUACUUUCUGGUACUCUGUUCGGACGGCCUAACGGAUCUCCAUUUUCCGAAAACCGACGGGGAGACGGUGUGUGCCAUCGCGAGGUGUUUAUCGUCGCCUAUAGGAGACUCGAACCUAGCGACAAGACUUCUACGAGAUGCGAUAGGGGGCGGGGACAGGAGGAAGGUGUCCGCGGUGUUGACUCUUGAUACAGAUGUAUCGUGGAUCGAUGACACUACCAUCGUCGUCCAGUCGCUUUAG